GGGCCUCGGCGGGGCGGCCUCGCCGGAGCCGCCAAGUUUGGCUGUGGCGGCAAAUGGGCUUGGGCGGCUCCUGGGCGGGUGGCGGUGGUGGCCAGCGCGGUUCCUCCUGGCCCUGUUAAUGUCGGGGCCCAGUCCGGGAAGGAUGGCGCCCUAGGACCCGGCCUUUCGGGGGUCGGGGCGGGAGGGUCGGGGGCGGCCGGCCGGCCAUGUCGGAGGUGACCCGGAGUCUGCUGCAGCGCUGGGGCGCCAGUUUUAGGAGAGGCGCCGACUUCGACUCUUGGGGCCAGCUGGUGGAGGCGAUAGACGAGUAUCAGAUACUAGCAAGACAUCUACAAAAAGAGGCCCAAGCUCAACACAAUAAUUCUGAAUUCACAGAAGAACAAAAGAAAACCAUAGGCAAAAUUGCAACAUGCUUGGAAUUACGAAGUGCAGCUCUACAGUCCACCCAGUCCCAAGAAGAAUUUAAGCUGGAGGACUUGAAGAAACUAGAACCAAUCUUGAAGAAUAUUCUUACCUAUAAUAAAGAAUUUCCAUUUGAUGUUCAGCCUGUCCCCUUAAGAAGAAUUUUAGCACCUGGUGAAGAAGAGAAUUUGGAAUUUGAAGAAGAUGAAGAAGAGGGUGGUGCCGGAGCAGGGUCUCCCGAUUCCUUUCCUGCUAGAGUUCCGGGUACUUUGUUACCAAGGUUGCCAUCAGAACCAGGAAUGACUUUGCUCACUCUCAGAAUUGAGAAAAUCGGUCUGAAAGAUGCUGGGCAGUGCAUCGACCCCUACAUCACUGUUAGUGUGAAGGAUCUGAAUGGCAUAGAUCUAACUCCUGUGCAAGAUACUCCUGUGGCUUCAAGAAAAGAAGAUACAUAUGUGCAUUUUAAUGUGGACAUCGAGCUUCAGAAACAUGUUGAAAAGUUAACCAAAGGUGCAGCUAUUUUCUUUGAAUUCAAGCACUACAAGCCGAAGAAGAGGUUUACCAGCACCAAGUGUUUUGCUUUCAUGGAGAUGGAUGAAAUCAAACCUGGGCCCAUUGUGAUAGAACUGUACAAGAAACCCACUGACUUUAAAAGAAAGAAAUUACAAUUAUUGACCAAGAAACCACUUUAUCUUCAUCUACAUCAAACUUUGCACAAGGAAUGACCCUAGCACAGGUAACCUGGAACAGCUAUGGCCCGCACUGCCUAGCAGAGACCAUCAGAGCUGUGUGCACUCACCCUUCACAGGCAGGAAGCGAGCCCGCCUGUGCCAUAGGCUGGAGUGUGUCCACUGCACAGCAGCAGCACAGACUUCCGCGACCAGCACCUCACUGACUUGUCAGCCUCCUCUGGAUGCAGGGUUCUCCUACAUCCUGAAACAUGUUUUCACUUUUCUAUUAAUUGUGCAAUUAAUAGUCUCUUCUGACUCACCACUACUCCUGCCCUACAUCCUAGAACAAUGCAGCUGUGGGUGGGAUGUGCUCAUCUCCAGACUGAGUUCAGCAAUAAGAAUGUGCCAGAGUUUACACAUCUGUUCACUCCUGCACAAUGUGCUCUUCUUGGGUUUCUGAGUUAAUGACCAACUUUGGGUUUAAGUGGGUGGGAUGGUAUGAAACUGCUUUGAGAGGAAUUAAGAGAAUUAUGCAGCCCAGGAGAAUCAGUCUGAAAAUGCCUAGGCUGUCCUCACAGGUGGCAAUUUCAUCCUGAUCUCAGUUUACCUGCUCAGAAAUAGUGUGUGCCUUGGCCAGACUUGUACCCUCAACAGACAUGUUCCCAGGUGAGCAGAUUUUUUUUGCAAAGUGAACAUAUUUUUCAUCAUGGCAAUUACUGUCCUUCUACAUCAUGUUCCUCUUUCUGUAAGUGAUCCUAGGAGGCAUGGUGAAAGCACCUCAGAAUUAAAAAUUUGUAGGUGGAUUUGUCAUGUCUUACUAAAUCAUGCAAUUUGAAAGUAAUUUGGGUCAGAUGCUAAGGAGAUACUGUUGUUUUUCUGACAUCUGAUCAUGAACCCUGAAAACCUGGACAAUUAAGAGUGGUAAGGAUGCAGAAUCUGGGGAUAUGCUAUUUUUGUAUCCAUAGAUAGGGCUUCUGUUUAUUUCCUCUUUAGAGAUGCUGACAUUCUGAUGGAAAUAAGCAGGUCAUUGUCUUGUUAAAAUUUGACUAUUUACAUUACUUUUGAAUUUUAAGGAGACAAAUAUUCCAGACACAAGGUGGGUACUUGACACACAGAACAUUGAGAUUUGGGGUGAGCUUUCUACGGACUACACAUAGGGCCCACAUAUUUAGUAGUCACUGUUUGAAAUGACCAGUGGUAGCAGGAAGGGAAAUGCAGUGCCAGUAUGUGGCCUAAACGAGUGCAUCAUCCCUGGCCAUACCAUUCAGCACAUUUGCUUUUAAAAAUAACCGCAAUUAAGGUGUUAUAGCCCUUGCACUUCAAGAGAUCAAGCCUCUACUUUCAGCUGCCUGUUAGGUCAGUUCUCUUUACUAAGGUAGAUGUUAAAAAUUCCAUGCACUUCAAAAUAGUCUCAACCAAAUUUAGUCUAGCCUAUCUCGAUUAGAUUUAUUAAGUUUGGCCCACAGCAGAUAACAGGGACAAAGAAUUUGCCUUAAUAAAUUGCUUCAUUGUUUCCUCAAAGUUUAGACUGUGAGUUGUAAGCCCCCAGACUACUCUCCUGGGGGUAAGAACUACAUUUCUCAAGGUCUUGUGAUUCUCUGAGCACAUUAUUCCAGGACUUGUAAUUCUCCAAGGUGCUUGGCAGGGCUGUGUACCCUAUGGGGCACUCGGUACCUUUUGUGAGACCUUGCUGAUGAGACCCUAAAAAAAAAAACCCUUAAAACCUAUUAUUAAAAUGUAGCAAAACUGG